UCUGCAGACAUUGCCAACAAGGUGCUGCUGUCUCUGUUCACCGUGGAGAUGCUGCUGAAGAUGUACAGUCUGGGUCUGGCUCACUACUUCGUGGCGUUCUUCAACCGCUUCGACUGCUUUGUGGUAUGCGGCGGCAUCGUGGAGACCAUCCUGGUAGAGCUGGGCAUCAUGCCGCCGCUGGGCAUCUCCGUGCUGCGCUGCGUCCGCCUGCUAAGGAUCUUCAAGGUCACACGCCAUUGGACGGCUCUGUCCAACCUGGUGGCGUCGCUGCUGAACUCCAUGAAGUCCAUCGCCUCGCUGCUGCUGCUGCUCUUUCUCUUCCUCAUCAUCUUCGCUCUGCUCGGCAUGCAGCUGUUCGGAGGAAAGUUCAACUUCGACGAGACGCAGACCAAACGCAGCACCUUCGAUGCCUUUCCCCAGGCGCUGCUCACCUGCUUCCAGAUCCUGACCGGGGAGGACUGGAACAUGGUUAUGUACGACGGCAUCAUGGCUUACGGCGGCCCCGUGUUUCCGGGUAUGAUCGUGUGCGUUUACUUUGUCAUCCUCUUCAUCUGUGGUAACUACAUCCUGCUGAACGUCUUCUUGGCCAUCGCCGUAGACAACCUGGCCGGAGGAGAUGGAGACGACAAGAAGGAUAAGAAGACAGAAGGAGCGGUGGAGGAGGAGGAGGUUGCAGGAGAAGGAGAAGAACAAGCAGAGGAAGAGGAAGUAAAGGUGGACAUCGAUGAAGACACCGAGUACGAGGAGGAGGAGGAGCCUCCUGAAGGAGAAAACGAUGGAGCAGUCCAGUUAAAGAUGGCCAACCUGGCUCCUCCUAAAGAGAAGAUUCUUCCAAUCCCAGAAGGCAGUGCGUUCUUCUGCCUGAGCAAGACGAACCCUAUCCGUAGGGCCUGUCACACUCUGAUCCACCACCACAUCUUUACAAACCUCAUCCUCGUCUUCAUCAUUCUCAGCAGCUGCUCAUUGGCUGCCGAGGAUCCAAUCAGAGCCCACUCCUUCAGGAACAACAUUCUGGGCUAUGCCGACUACGCAUUCACCUCCAUCUUCACUGUGGAGAUUCUGUUUAAGAUGGCGGUCCACGGAGCGUUCCUCCAUCAGGGCUCCUUCUGCAGAAACUGGUUCAAUUUGUUGGACCUGCUGGUCGUCAGUGUCUCGCUGGUCUCCUUCUUCCUUCACUCUAGUGCCAUCUCAGUGGUGAAGAUUCUCCGAGUCCUCCGGGUGCUGAGACCUCUGAGGGCCAUCAACAGAGCCAAAGGACUGAAGCAUGUGGUCCAGUGUGUAUUUGUGGCCAUCAAGACGAUUGGAAACAUCAUGAUUGUCACGACGCUGCUGCAGUUCAUGUUCGCCUGCAUUGGAGUCCAACUGUUCAAGGGUAAAUUCUAUCGCUGCACAGACGAAGCCAAACACACUCCUGAACAGUGCAAAGGAACCUUCGUGGUGUAUAAAGAUGGAGAUGUGAACCACCCGAUGGUCAGAGAGAGGAUCUGGCUGAACAGUGACUUUAACUUUGACAACGUGCUGAUGGGGAUGAUGGCGCUCUUCACCGUCUCCACCUUCGAGGGCUGGCCCGCGCUGCUGUAUAAAGCCAUCGACGCUAACGGGGAGAACUCUGGACCCAUCUACAACUACCGAGUGGAGAUCUCCAUCUUUUUCAUCGUCUACAUCAUCAUCAUCGCCUUCUUCAUGAUGAACAUCUUUGUGGGCUUCGUCAUCAUCACCUUCAGAGAGCAGGGAGAGCAGGAGUACAAGAACUGUGAGCUGGACAAGAACCAGGUAGGACUGAGCCAGGAAGCUCCUCUUCUUCUCUGGUUAGAGACGUCAACCAGAGAACAUCUAGGGUACAUCCCAAGUCUCCUAUUUGUCAUUUCCUCGCU